AGAAUAUAUCAUCGAUGCAAAAUAAGAAAUAUUUCAUUUAUUAACACAGUUACACGUUCCUCCAGGCUCCACCUAUCUAAACUGUCCUGACUGAGGAGGAGUGAGUGCCUCCUGAAUCUAUUCGCAGCUGCUCCGUCGCUACCACGAUCCACUCCAGUCCGGAUUUGGCAAGGAAGGGAACAGCUGCUGUAACGUAUUAGCAAAUUCAAGAGAGAAGAUACAGGCAACAGCAGCAGCAGUGGAAUAUGAGGGGUGUAAAGGAGUCGCUGGGGCAGUUUUGGAGAGCGCUGAGGCAGCCGUAGAGGAUCAUGGCCGAGGACUAUUGGGAGCGCGCGGCGGCUUUGGGAUCAUAUUAUUACUGCUGUUAAGAUUACACGAGCAACGCACACUCCUACACACACACAAGGGAUCUCAAGUCCACGGGGCGUUUAAACAGUGGCAGCCCCACCACCCCCCUCAUCUCGGCCCCCCUUGCCCCCAAUAAUGGACCGUAUGAGGAAGAUCAAAAGGCAGCUGUCCCUGACGCUGCGGGGGGGUAACAGCGGGGAUAAGAACAUGAACGAGACCAUCGGCACUCAGGACACGGGAGCACACAGCGAUUCGGAGGCCAUGCCAGUUGGCGGCAGUCUGCGGGGUUCAGUGAGAGGUUCGGGGGCUUCCUUCAGCAUGCACUCCCUCCUGCAGUCGUACAGCAGCGCCCUGCGCAGACCACGCAGCCUGGGCCGCAGUCUCAGCUCCUAUCUCAACCACACCACGCGCCUCGAGAUUGUCCAUGAGGAUGUUAAGAUGGGUUCAGACGGAGAGAGCGAUCAAGCGUCGGCCACGUCCUCCGAUGAGGUGCACAGCCCCGUUCGAGUUCGACUGAGAAACAACCCCGGUCGGAAAAUAUCCACAGAGGACAUUAACAAGCGUCUUUCUCUGCCUGCCGAUAUCCGGCUUCCUGAUGGCUACCUAGAGAAAUUCAGCCUCAACAGUCCGCUGUUUGACAAACCGCUCAGCCGAAGAUUACGAAGAGUAUCUCUGUCCGAGAUUGGAUUUGGGAAGUUAGAGACAUACGUAAAACUGGAUAAACUGGGAGAGGGCACAUAUGCUACGGUUUAUAAAGGGCGCAGUAAAUUGACAGAUAACUUGGUGGCUCUUAAGGAGAUCCGCUUGGAGCAUGAGGAAGGAGCGCCAUGCACCGCCAUCAGAGAAGUGUCUCUUCUGAAGGACCUGAAACAUGCCAACAUUGUGACUCUUCAUGACAUCAUUCACACUCAAAAGUCUCUGACGCUGGUGUUUGAGUACCUGGAUAAAGACCUGAAGCAGUAUCUAGACGACUGUGGAAACUGCAUUCAUAUGCACAAUGUCAAGCUCUUCCUGUUUCAGCUGUUGCGAGGUCUAAACUAUUGUCACAGACGUAAAGUCCUUCACCGAGACCUCAAGCCCCAAAAUCUCCUGAUCAAUGAUCGCGGGGAGCUGAAACUGGCCGACUUUGGUCUGGCACGAGCAAAGUCGAUUCCCACGAAGACUUACUCCAAUGAAGUGGUGACCCUCUGGUACCGACCCCCUGACAUCUUAUUGGGCAGCACAGAUUAUUCCACUCAGAUUGACAUGUGGGGUGUUGGCUGCAUCUUCUACGAGAUGUCUACAGGUCGGCCUUUGUUCCCAGGCUCCACAGUUGAGGAGGAGUUGCACUUUAUCUUCAAACUGCUCGGUACACCCACAGAGGAGACCUGGCCUGGAAUAACCUCCAAUGAGGAAUUCAUCUCCUAUAACUACCCCCGAUACCGCGCCGACUGUCUCCAUAACCACACUCCACGAUUGGAUAAUGAUGGAGUUGAACUUCUUUCUAAACUGCUGCAGUUCGAGGGGAAGAAACGGAUGUCGGCGGAUGAAGCCAUGAGACACCCGUAUUUCCACUGCCUGGGCGAGAGAGUUCUCACACUGCCAGACACUACAUCAAUAUUUGCACUUCAAGAUAUUCAGCUGGAAAGGGAGCCGGGCAUGAGGACGAACUCUCUGUCAGAAUCAGUCAACAGCAUAUCUCAGCGACAGAGCCUGCUCUUCUGAGGACACGGGACAGAUAAGAGCAAGAAGACUGAAGACGUGAUGUUGAAGAUGAAGGGAUGUUUUUUAUUUUUUUCAUUUCACUGACUGAGUCAUUGCUAGUCCUGUGGCAUUAUAUGUACGGAAGGGGUCACUGUAGCUGUUUACAAAGAGAGGCUGACUACAAAGUCAUGUUUUUUUGUCGAUUGUGAACUUUUUUGCACCCCGCCCCUUCCCUGUGUACAUUACAAACAUGUUUGCUGUACCCUCUCAACCACUGUAUGUAACCAAUCAGACGCCGAGUCCUGUUGGAUAUCGGACGACUUGUGAAGGUUUCCAGUGCAUAGCUUCUUCUUCCAUUGACUGAAACGAAUCAGUGCGUUUUUGUAAUACUUUUCAAAUGUAAUGUGUGUAAAAGGAAGGUCAGUUUAUGAAGGAUUCUGCAUGAAUAUCAGACCACAAUAAGCCAAGUUAAUAUAAGUGAUAGAUUAUCACUGUAGUCUUCCAGAACAAUAUUACUCCUUUGUUGAUGUAAUCAGCCCUCCUAUCCAAAAACCUAAGGUUUAGUACUAUGCCAACACAGUUAUUGUGUGAUCAUCAUCAUCAGUCAUUAUUUAUGUUCAUCAGAAGAUUGAAAUGAUACUGUAUGUCAGUCUUGCUUCAAUGUUUUAAGUCAUUUCACUUAUAAUUGUUGUUUACUUGUUUUUUUGCCAUGCAAUACAUUUUGAUAAUCUUGAUGGUCACCAAAGACCCCAUGUUUCCUCUCCCAUCUGGUUUAACAUGGUUUGAGCUUCCAUAUCCAUCAUCGUGUUCAAUAUAAACCCAAUGAAGAAUCAGCCACACUGUGUCGAGGGCGAACGUUGGCAAGGAUCUCUCGUGACAUCUAAGACCUCCGAUGGUUCCUGCGGACACCUGGUCCAUGCCAUUUUGAUAAUUCUUCCAUUACUGCAGCACUUAGGCUGUCACUUUGGGUGAAAACUGAUCUGGGUUCAGUCGGUGAGAUGAGGCCGAGGAUUGUGUGGAGAACGGGUGGAUUUGUAUAGGGCUCGGGUUUCUGUCACUUUGCCGAACAGCUGAGCGUGGUACCGCAUCUCUGGCCGGUUGUUCAUACAGGAUUUAGUGCGCGUCGGUGUCGUGUAACACUACGGAUUUAACACAGUAGUUUCCUCGGGAUGUACAAACCAAGGCCUCUGUGCACAAUAUCAGUCUACAGUCCUGCAAAUGUGAUUAUUGGGUAAAUCUCAUGACACCUUUCAAGUAUAUGUCUGGGUCAAAUUACAUCUCAAACCCAAAUAAAGACGAAAAGAUGUUUCGCAAAAAGACAAUAAAACACUUUACCACCAUUUGGAUAUUACCAAGCCCCUAAGGUGACAUUGGAGUAAAAAAAAUCUAGAGUUUAGUUUCACGUGCACACGCGAAAUGUGAAACUUUUGCGCGUGCAAAGCUAAACGCGAUAGUUUCACGUGCACACGCAAAACUAAACUUAAAAAAAACCCGUGAAACUUACGCGUGCACGAAACUAAACGUGAUUUAAUUUUUUUCUCCAUGUCCCCUUAGGGGCUCUGUAGGAUAUUUUGCAAUUAGCAUGUGUUUUUCUUUCUUUAUUGAUAAAAGGUAAUCUUAUUUCUACACUGCAAAAAAUGAUUUUCAAGAAAAAAAAUUUUAGUUUUUUUUUCUUGUUUUUAGUAAAAAUAUGUUUUUAGUAAAAGUAUCUAAAAAAGUGAUUUUGUGCAUAAAACAAGCAAAAAAAAUCUGCCAAUGGGGUAAGCAAAAAAUCUUGAACAUUUUUCUUAAACACUAAAUUCAAGAAAAAUUUGCUUACCCCAUUGGCAGAUUUUUUUUUGCUUGUUUUAUGCACAAAAUCAAUUAAAUUUGAUAUUUUUGGUCUAAGAACUAGACUUAUUUUCUUGGGGUUUUUUGCUCAUCAAGAAAAGCAUCUUAUUUUAAGAAUUUUUAGAUAUUUUUACUAAAAACAAGACAAAAAAAACUAAGAAUUUUUUUCUUGAAAAUAAUUUUUUGCAGUGUAUAAUGUGAGUUUAGUUUUAUUUUUGUAUAUUAUACAUUUAAAUACAGUUGUUGUUUAAGUAUAAUUUAUUUUAAGGCAGUAUAAUACACAUUGCAGUAUUCUUUCAUAUAGUAAUUAUUGUAAUAAAAAGUUCAGAAUCAUCAUUUAGGAAAAACGAAUGAUAUUACACAACCUUACAUUAUGUUACAGUAAGGUGAAGUUUCAGAUAAAAUGUGCAAAUGCAAAAAAUAUUAACGUUCCCAAAAAUAACAAUCAUUUUCUUUCAUGCAAAAAAAUUUUCAUUUGAUUUUGAGGUGAAAUGUGACCCAGAUACUUCUUGUGAGAUUUACCUCUUAGCUUGAAUGCUGAGCAGUGUUGCCAGAUCCAGUUAUUAUAAGCGUCUUUGUCUGUUGUUUUUCCCACCUAAUAAGACACUUUAAGAUGAUGUUAAAGUCAGAAGUUAGGGUUAGUUUUUGUUUGAAUAACAAAAACUAGCGUUUAAUUUUUUGUAUUUGUUUGUGUAACAAUCUGGCAAUGCUGAUGCAAUUAAGACUCUGUUUCAAUCAGGUGAUGGAUAAUAUUUUAUGUGAAUAUGUCAUUUUUUUAUUUCAAGCAAUCCCAAAAUGUUAUCUGGUGAUAGACUGUGACCUUCCUUCCUCGCUGUUGGAGAUCACCUGUUUGCUUUGUGAUUGUGAGUGUGUUUGAGAGAAAGAUGCUCACAUUGGGGGAAAUAUAACAGUCUUGCAUGGCAGUAUUGUAGACUGUGGUACAUUGUAAAUAUGAGAAGUGAAGAGUGCAAUGAGAAAAUCCUCCUAACAAUAUAUCAUUUUAAAGAUGAUCAUUUUUGUUACUCAUCAUUGAUGACGUUGUUAAUUGUGUUCUCGUUUUUUCAAUGAUAUGUACGGUAGUAACCGAGUGACGUUACUACCGUAGGAGAUUUAUGUGUUGUAGAUAUUUGGUUUGAAUGUUUGUUAGGAUGAAAAUGGCUCAUGUUCAUUUAAUACUUUCAUCUGAAAUGUGGCUAGUGAAAGGGCUUUGGUGGCUAUAUGUGUGCUUGUGUGGUAGCCAACUUUUCAUUACUGCGCAAUAAUUGCUAAUUUACGCAAUAACAUCUAUAUAUAUCUCUCUCUCUCUCUU